GGCAGCUACGCUGGACAGAACCUUACAUUGACCGUGACCAUACGAAAGAGGACGGCGUUCUUGGUUCUCCAAGUCGUUGGAUUUGUCCUUUUUGUUCGUAUCUAUUUCAAGUUUCAAGUACACAUAACAGCCUGAAUAGCAGCAGUGUGGAGAAUCCAGCUGACCAGCCAUAUGAAGCCCCAUCUUGGCCUAUAAGGAGAGAACCCCUAGUGAUAGGACUCGGAGAUGACAUAGAACAGUUCGAGCCCCUCAUCAUGGCAGUGAAAAACCACCAACCGUUGAUCCCCGAGGCCUUACUGGAAAAGAUGCGGCACUACAAGUAUGACGAGACGCGGUCGGGUAGAAAGCCUAAGAUUACUAGUAAUUCUACAUACGUGACCAACGAUAACCAUAGCCAGCUAAAGAUGAUGUUUACAGUAGUACGGAAAUACGUGUCCAACUCGGAUGUGUUAUUCCACAAGCUGAGGGGAAUCAACAACGAUCAAUUAAAACAGAUUCUAGACGUGAUGCAAGCCUAUAGGAGUCAACCGGAGAAGGCGAUUAGGUAUCUAGGGACUAGAUUUGGUGUAGAGUUGAAGAUGAGACCAAGAGAGGAUAGCGUCAACUUGAGUGCCUUGAAGAAGCUACCGCAUCCGCCGUUAUAUGGUAGUACUGUGGAGGAAGCAAUGGUACCAGAGUUAAGAGUACAGAACAUGAAACAGUGCACUACGGAGAGGACCCGAGUGGCGUUUCCAAAACUUCACAAAGUUGCAGGGGACACUAUAAAGGGUAUGCUUCACCGUUUUGGCUACGAAAGGAACCUAACGUUCUUGUUGCCCAAACCGUUUCUAUCAAGUUGCACGUAUCCGUGGAACUUGUACCCCGGUACGAAUUAUCCACCCUCUAAAACGAAAAGCUUCGACAUCCUUACCUAUCACACAGUUUAUGAUAGCAAAAAGUUCGGCGAAAUUAUGCCUAAGGAUACAGUGUAUCUAGCAAUACUGAGAGAGCCUUUCAGUCAUUUCAAAUCUGUUUGGCAUUUUUACGGUUUGAGUAGUGAGUUUGGCAUUAUGUCAAAGGGUACUGAAGGUAUCACGACCUUUUUGCAAGAUCCUGAAAGAUAUGAUACUAAGUUUUACGUGGAGAAUAAGUCUUGUAGAGGGAAGAUACAACCCGUUUCUCUAACUCGCAACCCUCUUUCAGUAGAUCUAGGUCUACCACUAGAGCUAGCUACUAUUUAUAGACAGAAUGACUCCGAGAAAAACAAAGUUGCAGACAUGUUUAUACAGAAGAUAGAAUCAGAGUUUCCACUAGUGAUGAUCAUGGAACAUUUCGACGAAUCCUUGGUUCUCUUCAAACGCUUAAUGUGCUGGAGCCAUAAAGACAUUAUUUACAAGCGCAGAAAUUCUGGGAAGUACCUGUACAAAAGAGACGAUGUACCAGAGUAUCUAAGAGAAGUCCACAAGCAGUGGAGUCAUGUAGAUUACGCGCUAUACGAACAUUUCUACAAAGUCUUUCGAGACAAACUCCAAGAAGGUGGACAAGACUUAGCAGAGGAGAUCGAACACUUUAAGAAGAUACAGUUGCGAGUUUCUUAUUUCUGCGACCAGUUGAGUCACGGGGCUUGCGACGUUGGACACAGACUCGUCAUUGAGGCAAGCAAGUGGGAUAAGGAGUUUCACGUGGAUAAGGACUUCUGUCUACGUUUCGAAAGAGAGUUAAAAUGCGAGUAUGUCAUUGCUGCAGAACGGCAAGCAAGGGUAGAGCAUUGGCCCGUGCAUUAUAACAAGUACAAGGACACCUUCAUUGAGAACGAAAGCAGGGCAACUAUCCAGAAAAACUGUCUGUUCUGUGAAAGAACACAAUACGGCAUGUGUCUUUCAGUAGAUUACCUAAAUUACUUGGCGGCGGAUGGAAUUAUAUCGAAGGAAAAACUGAGGGAGUUAAGAACGAGAUAUUACCCUAAGUCCUAUAAUCUACAUUGUAAAGCAAAGUAGGUACAUGUUUCUGUAGUUCUUGAUAUCUAAUUUAAAGGUACCCAAAGAUUUCAUGACAGUACAACUGGAUUUUCAGUCAAUUUUCUGGUCGCCCUGAAAUUGCAUUGGAUAACUUUAGUACGAGUGUUCACGUUUGCGUUAUGCUAUCUGUCAAUGUCUAUUAUGUUAUCUGUUGCCUUAUCUUUUGAUAAUAUCUAUUCAUUCAAAUACCAGGCCAAAUACCUUGACCUCACGCGGGUCCCCAGACGUGAACUUUGGCCUUUGGGUGUGUCAUAAUGACUGCAACAAAAAUUCCAUAGAAGAAAUUUUAAAGAUUAAAUAUAAAAUCC